AUGUCUCCGAGGUUCUGGCCUCGCCUCCCUUUGUGCUCCGGAGGCCCAGCGGUAUCGGCGGCCGCCAUCGUGCUGCUCGCGUCUCUGCAUGGAACGGUCAGGACAAAAAAUAAUAUCCAAAGAUAUUUUGGCACUAACAGCGUGAUCUAUAGCAAGAAAGAUGGGCAGUCUGUUCCAACCCGUGAGAUUUCCAAGGAGACAAAGAGCCAACACAGAAAGGAGAAUGCGUAAAAAGACUUGGUAAAUAUUCUUAAGGGAAUGAAAGUUGAAUUAAGCACAGUAAAUGUACAAACAACAAAGCCACCCAACAGAAGACAACUUAAAAGUCUGGAGGCUUCAAUUGGCAGACUUCAGAAAGCUCCAGAAGAUGCCCCCCAAAAGAGAAGCGAGUCCCGGAGCCCAGAGUUGGUGGCAGCUGCAUCCGCAGUUGCAGACUCUCUCCCUUUUGACAAGCAGAUGACCAAGUCGGAGCUGCUCAAGCAGCUCCAGCAGCGCGAGGAAGGCUCGAGGGCACGGAGGGUUGGAGAGAGACCUAAAAUUAGUUUCACUAACAUCAUAUCAGAUAUGAAAGUUGCCAGAUCUGCCACAGCGAGAGUUAGCCCAAGACCAGUGCAUCAGAUUCAGUUUGAUGAAGGGACGGAUGAUUUUGUUGGCCAAGAGAAGGCUGCUCAUCUGAGAAAAAGUUUUAGGAAAAAUAUAUUCAAGGGGAAGAGGCUUAAUAUUUUUGAGCUUAAGGCAGUUACUGAAGAGGCACCUGAAACAGAGGCAGCACCUUCUCUUUGGGAUGUAGAAUUUUCUAAGCAGUUAGCGGCAGUCAAUGAACAACCCUUUCAGAAUGGUUUUGAAGAGAUGAUCCAGUCGACAAAAGAGGGGAAAUUGUGGGAGUUCCCAACUAACAACGAAGCAGGUUUUGAUGAUGACGGUUCAGAAUUUCAUGAACAUAUAUUUCUGGAUAAAUACCUGGAGGAUUUUCCAAAACAAGGACCAAUUCGCCACUUCAUGGAGUUGAUGACCUGUGGCCUUUCCAAAGACCCAUAUCUGAGUGUUAAACAGAAGGUUGAACAUAUAGAGCAGUUUAGAAAUUAUUUUAAUGAAAAACGGGACAUUCUAGAAGAAAGCAGCAUACAGUUCAAUUGA